AUUAAUGCAGGCUCCAAUCGCCAUGCUUGACCUAUUUUGGGCUCAAGCCGGCCAUUGUUCUAUUUCUGUUGCCUGCGGGGCACCGUGUUGUUGAUUCACAUGCAAAUGAAUUAUCACUGGCUUUAGCCAACUUUAGCUGAGACUCAAAGGGGAGGAGAGAGAACCAGGGAGGAGGCACCAGCAGAGAAACCACUUGUCGAGGCUGAAGAUGGGGUGUCCGGACGGGAGCAUCUCCUGGCUCCAAAGAGGAUGCACAGUAUGAUCAGCCCAGUGGAUGUAAAGUCAGAGGUGCCUGUGGGAUUGGAGCCUAUCACGCCAUUAGACUUACGGACAGACCUUAGAAUGAUGAUGCCCAUGGUGGACCCGGUCAUAAGAGAGAAACAGCUUCAACAGGAGUUACUUCUGAUCCAACAGCAGCAGCAAAUUCAGAAACAGCUUCUGAUAGCGGAGUUCCAGAAGCAGCAUGAGAAUCUAACUCGACAACAUCAGGCCCAACUUCAGGAGCAUAUAAAGUUGCAACAGGAACUUCUUGCCAUUAAACAACAGCAAGAACUCCUAGAAAAGGAGCAGAAAUUGGAGCAACAGAGACAAGAACAAGAGGUGGAGAGACAUCACCGGGAACAGCAGCUUCCUCCUCUCCGAGGCAAAGAAAGAGGCCGAGAAAGGGCAGUAGCAAGUACAGAAGUGAAGCAGAAGCUUCAGGAGUUCCUGUUGAGUAAAUCUGCAACAAAAGACUCUCCAACUAAAGGAAAGAAUCAUUCCAUGAGCCGCCACCCCAAACUCUGGACUGCCCACCAUACCUCACUGGAUCAGAGCUCGCCACCUCUGAGUGGAACCUCUCCAUCCUACAAAUACACCUUACCAGGGGCCCAGGAUGCCAAUGAUGACUUCCCUCUUCGAAAAACCGCCUCCGAGCCCAACUUGAAGGUGCGUUCCAGAUUAAAACAGAAAGUGGCAGAAAGGAGAAGCAGUCCCCUACUCCGGCGAAAGGAUGGAAACGUCAUCACUUCAUUCAAAAAACGAGUGUUUGAGGUGACAGAAUCCUCUGUCAGUAGCAGCUCUCCAGCAUCUGGGCCCAGUUCACCAAGCAAUGGCCCUACUGGAAAUGUAACAGAAAACGAAGCGUCAGUUUUGCCGUCAACUCCUCACGCUGAGCCAAUGGUUUCCCAACAGCGUAUUCUGAUUCAUGAAGAAUCCAUGAACCUACUGAGCCUAUACACCUCCCCUUCUUUGCCUAAUAUUACUUUGGGACUUCCUACAGUGCCCUCCCAGCUCAAUGCUUCCUCUACCCUCAAAGAAAAACAGAAGAGCGAAUCCCAGACACUGAGGCAAGGAGUGACCCUUCCGGGGCAGUUUGGCGGAGGGACCUCAGCUUCCACUGGCCAUUCCCAUGUUGCUUUGGAGGGGAAACCCAAUAGCAGCCACCAGGCUCUGCUGCAACACUUGUUGCUUAAAGAGCAAAUGAGGCAGCAAAAGCUUCUUGUGUCAGGUGGUGUUCCCCUCCAUCCUCAGUCUCCCCUGGCAGCGAAGGAGAGGGUCUCACCCGGCAUCCGCGCAGCUCACAAGUUGCCCCGCCACCGACCGCUAAAUCGAACCCAGUCUGCCCCUUUGCCUCAGAGCACGUUGGCGCAGCUGGUCAUUCAGCAACAGCACCAGCAGUUCUUGGAGAAGCAGAAGCAGUACCAGCAGCAGAUCCACAUGAACAAAAUCCUUUCAAAGUCCAUUGAGCAACUCAAACAACCGGGCGGUCAUCUAGAGGAAGCCGAAGAAGAGCUGCAUGGAGAUCAUCCCAUGCAGGAAGCUCCCUCUAGUGACCUCAGCACCGGGAGCGAAGGCGGCCGAGCCGACGAGGACGAGAGACUAGGACACCCCGCGGGGCCUGUGAAAGUGAAAGAGGAACCGCUGGACAGUGCUGAAGACGCUCAAGUCCAGCAGACGGAAUCUGGGGAGCCGGCUGCUUUUAUGCCACAGGUAAUAGGAAAAGAUUUAGCGCCAGGAUUUGUAAUCAAAGUUAUCAUCUGAGCAUCCGAAGCAUCUCUAGACCUGGGGAAGAGACUCUCGCUCCCUGUCGGUUCGUGGGUUUAGGCCAUUUCAUUUUCCACGGGCUCGGAAUCUCACCGAGGCGGGUGGUUGGUUUUCCGGAAGCACGUUUUAAACCUAGCGGGGCUCAUCCGAGAGGCCACUGAUGAGAAAAUACCUACCUGUUGCACUAAAAUUGUGUUCUAGAAACCCUGGGUUCACGAUAGCCUGUCUUAACCCCGGACUCGAUCGCAUCAGUUACUUCUGGAAAAAAGGAAUUUGCUGUUGGCGUUCGCUCGUUUGUUGAGAUCCGGGAUCGCUGGAUGUGUAGAUUCCAGGUCCGAUCAGUGAAACCUUCUCUAUCAUUUGAUUUUGCCGACACGUCCGGACUUUGACUUUCACCUCUCUGUAUAUAAUGUAUCAUACUGCAGUCUUGAACACUGUUAAGGAUAGUCCUGUUUUUUUCCCCUUUUUUUGAUGUUUUUGUUUAGUAGAAAGGUACUGGAUGAAUACCAGUGGCCCGAGACUUGGGGGUAGAUUAUAACUGAUCACCGUUGGGAAUUCAGACGGGUGUAAAAAGUCAAUGCGAGGCCAGGCACUAUUUUCCAAAGUGCGUCGUCUCUCUCAUUGCACUGCUGAGCUUAUUUUUAUUAGGUGUUAUUUGAUGAUGUUGUCCAUAGUAGAGACAAGAUCAAAUGAAGCAGAUGCAAAUAUUGGCAAGGAAUAAUACACAACGUUCUGUUCGGAUCAGAUAUUAUGCUCUAUCUGUUACUGCUGAAAAACAGGACUGUAUCGUUCUUAUCUGAUAUUCACUCAUGUAUUUAUUUUAGGAAGAAAAAGUUCUAUGAUCAUGAUCACUCUGGUUUCAUCAUUUCCACCAUGAUAAGGAAUGCAUCAUGCCACCAUGGCAAAAGGAAAUGCAGAAUUGUGAAAGUGUUCUAAAAAUGAGGAAAUUCAGGACUAAGGGAAAUGCACUUGUACAUACUGCAUCUUCAUCAGGAGAGCGGUCUGUGAGGCUCAAAACCUGAAUGAGGCUGAGUUGCAGGGGAAGAUGCUGUUUAUUUAAGUCCAUUCUGUGUCAGGUUCCUGCUGUUCUCUGAAAGAAAAGUGAUUCUGUAAGACUGCACAGGAAAUGCUUUAUGGAAACAGGAAGUCCAAGUGAUUCAUGUCCUGAGGAAUGUAGGAAAAAAAAAAAAAAACAACAGAGGAGAGUGUUUUACUCUGUUUUUAAAGGGCACUCUAUGAAUUGAUUUAUUGUCUAAGAAAAUAAUGCAAGUAGGGAAAUUGUUGAGGAAGCUUUUCAGAGGAAUAUUUCCUUCAUUUUCUCUCUUGAUAUGUUUACCUUGUUUUAUAGGUUUACUUUUGUUAAGCUAGUUAAAGGUUCAUUGUAUUCAGCCCCCUUGAAUGUGGAUAAUCCCAAACUGACCAGAAACCCUUGUCAGUUCUUUCUAUUGAAAUAUUUAUAUUUCUAAAUCCAAGGUAUUUUAAGGUGCAGUAUCCUGUUUCAAAAAAAGAUAGCUGCUUUGCCAAAUGUAAGUGUUGUUCUAAUGUAUGUUGUUAGCAUGUGUUGUUUACAUCUUGCUCAGACAUUUUAAAAAUAUUAAAAAUGUGGCAACUGAUAAAGAUACAUUAUCCUUUUUCUUAAAAAAAAGGCUUCAUUCAAAGUUAAACAAGCCAGAAGCUAGAAAAUUGAACACUUUGUCUUAUCUAUGUAAAAGAGGCCUUCUGAAAGUGUUACAUGUCUAAACAGUUUGGGGAAUUAUACUAAGAGGUAGACUUGCCUGUUUUUCCUGCAGGGAGAGAAGCCUUGCAUUCAAAAAUGCAAAGCAUCUAACAGAUGAGUGCAUGUUGUUCUGUCCUGUAUAUUUGUUUUCUUCGAAGUUUCCGUUUAAUCUCAGAAAAAGGAAUAGUGCAUCUUUUAAAAUACAUUUCAUUUGGGGAGGGCGCUAUUGGCAAGCAGACUUUUGUACAGUAUGACUUCGAAGGUGUGUAACCACAAACUACAAAAAAAAUAUUUUUUAUAACGUCAUUUGGGAAAGCUUCAUCAGUACAGUUAGUAGACUUUAAUUUUGUUCGCAUUUGGUAGUCUCUGAAUUUAAUCAAGAAGAUACCUGGACCAGUGCAAAGAAAUACUGGAGUUCAAUCAUAUUUCUAACCGGUAAUUGUCUCUUACAUUUAAAAAAAAAUCUACUGUAUUUAUUAUAAUUUCCACCCUAAGUGGUGGUAUCUUGUUUUGUGUUGUAAAUAUAUUCCGUUUGUAUGUUCCCUUUUUUGCCUUCUGUUAUAAGUCUAUUCUUUUCUCAAAUAAAGGUUUUUUUUUUAACGGA